CCUGUGAGCCUGAUCGACAGCCAACUCUUGUCGGUUUUAGUCACUUUCAUGAGAAGGAGACAAAACAGCUCGGUGCGCUUCAUCUGACCGAGCGCGUGCGUGUCGGUCGUGUUUCGGAUCGCGGUCGCUUCCGUGUGUGAACUCUCUCCCCAACAGGAAUCAUUCAGGGAUCCAGCUGGCUCUAAACGCGGACAUGGGUGUUUCUCCACGCACGCAUUUCCACGCAUCUAUGUUCCUGGUUUGAGCCUUUUCGACGGUGAUCACCGCACCGACAAUGAUCUCCUUUCGCACGUCACUCUGAUUGCAACUUUGCGCCUUGACAGACACACACGGGAGGCACUUUGCGUGCACGCACUGCGCAUGGAUUUGCAGGAAUGGUGGAGGAAAGUGCGCGGCGUCCUCCUGCCUUUAGGAAACAACUUCUCCCAGCGCCCACCGUGUUCACGGCUCUUGUGAUGGUUCGAUCGUAAAGGGACGUCAUGAGCAACCACAAAGGCGGCGGCAUGGCUUCGAAGGAGAGGCUGUACGAGCUGUGGAUGAUCUAUUACACCAAGAAAGAUGUUGGCUAUUUGCAGCAGUGGCUCGAGGCAUUCGUGGCAUCCUUUGAGAGGCUCAUUGAUGUGCAGUCACUGCAGCCACGAAGGCUGGAGGACAGCAGCUCGGAGGUGCCCUUACUCCCCCGGGAGGUCCUCGUUUUGCUCGGCACGCAGCUAUGGCACAGCGCGCUUCACCUCUCCGAGCAGAGCAGCAGCACCCCGCACCCGCUGCUCAUCAUUAAGUUCUUCAUCAUAGUCUGCAGGAACAUGGAAAACAUUGACCCAGAAAAGACUCCUGGAUUUGUCUUUGAAACGAUCAAACUUUUGAGUUUUUGUUUGGACCAGCUAAAGAAGGGAAAAGGGGACCGUUCGUCUCUUCAGUUGGUCGUGCUACAUGGACUCGUACUGUGUGAGAGUUUGUUUGACCCUUAUCAGACAUGGAGGAGACGUCUCGCAGGGGAGGAGGUGACCUUGUUAGAGAGGAACAAGUAUAAGUUCUCUGCACUGGCCUUGCCAGAGGAGCUGCCUGCACUGUUCCAUGAUGGUCUACAGGACAGUGAGCACAUUCCAGAAGACCUCACACUCAGGCUGGUUCAUCUUCAGGGUGCAGUCAUCAGCGGGGGAAAGAAGAAUGGCCUUCUCUCCAUCACUCCUCACUCUGUUGAGGACCUGUUUUCUGUUCUGCGAGUAUGGUGCUGCCGGACCUCCCAAGAACCCAAGGACACUGGACUUCCACGACUGACCUUACAGUGCCUGACUGCUAUGAUCCACCUUCUGCACUCCAGCAGCCCUGCCGAGCGACAGGUGGAGAUUAGGACAAUACUCGAGAACUACUUCCAGCUCCUCAACUGGAAUCGUCCACUUAGCAGCGAAGAAAACGACAGAGAGACUUGGGAGGACAACCUUGUCUCCCUCCAGAGCCAGAUGCUAACUGCUGUGCCUGAGAUCCUGCAGUGCUCUGACAGACCAGUCCUGCAGGCUGUCUUCCUCAACAACAACUGCUUUGAACACAUCCUCAGGCUCAUUCAGAACAGCAAGCUCUUUCAGAGCAACAGGCGUAGGCCGCAGCAUAAGGUUGAAUGUGACUUCACGACAAGUUUACACACAGAGGUCGAAGUGGACCAGGUUUUGGAAAAAGGAUCAGACAGCAUUACAGUUCAUGCUUUGGGAGUCUUAACGGCUAUUAUGAGUAACUCUCCCUCUGCUAAGGAGGUUUUCAAGGAGCGGAUUGGGUACUCCCAGCUUUACGACGUGCUGAAGAGUCAAGGUUUGCCCACCAAACGGCUGUUGCAAGAACUGAUGAACAUGGCAGUGGAGGGUGAGCAUGUUCAUGCCCAUCAUAUUGGCAUUAGUAAUGAACAGCCCUUGCUGCUGCUCCUGCAGUGGCUUCCUGACCUGUCAGGUCAGAGGGGCCUCCAGCUGCUCGUAGCCCAGUGGCUGGAUACGGUAUGCGGAGGGUCUUUGUCCUGCAGGACGGUGGCUGUGGAGGCAGGCAUGGUGAAGGCUUUAUUGCAGGUGCUCUCUCAGCCCCAUUGUCUUGAUAGGCAGUGUGCUGAUUCCCUCCUGGACCUCCUCCAAGACUUGGGCUCCCUGUGUUUGAGACCAGAGGAGCUGAAGACCCUGCUCAGACUGCUCAGAGUGAAUCAAAAUGGCAACAUAGUAGUGGGCAAGAGGAUACAUCCAUACUGCACUCAGAUGACCAGAAUGCUCUCAGCCAUGGCGGCCAGAGAAGGUCAUGAUAGUGCCUUACAGUACUUUGAUCUUUCACCCCCCAUGGCGGGUAUCAUGGUGCCCACUGUUAACCGCUGGCCAGGCAAUGGAUUUGCCUUUUAUGCUUGGCUCUGUCUCAACAUGGAUUUUGCAUCCUGUCGCUCUGACUUUUCCAACAACCAUAACCCCUCCUCCAAUGAUGGCACAGGUGUUUAUCGUGACUUGAGCAAAGGACCACGCAGGAAGCAGCUCUACAGUUUCUUCACAGCAAGUGGAACUGGGCUAGAAGCCUUCUUCACCAUGGAAGGUGUGCUAGUGGUGGCUGUCUGCACAAAGAAAGACUACAUGGCUGUUGCACUGCCAGAGUACCCACUAGCUGACUCACGCUGGCAUUCAGUGUCCAUCGUCCACAUCCCGGGCCGUCGUCCAUUUGGUCAGAACCUGGUCACCAUUUACAUCGAUGGCGAGCAGCGUAAAACUGUUCAGCUUCGCUUUCCGUCUUUCAGUGAGCCAUUUACCUCCUGCUGCAUCGGGUCUGCUGGCCACCGGACCACCACCACCACCACCUCCCCCAAUCUCUCCACGUCUUCCUCCUUACCAUCACCUGAGUUUUCUUUCCCUGUCCAUUCCCCCUCGCUCAUACGUUCCCAGUCCUUCCCAGCUACCUUUGCUGGAGGACGAUGGGGGCCUCAACAAGACUGCCCUGUGAACACCAUCUCAGCAGGUAUGCAGGACACGGAGUGGGGCACACCCACAUCUCUGGAUGGACUCCUAGGCACAGCCUUCAUCUGCCACGAGACCCUGCAGCCAACUCAGAUAAGAGCUCUGCACGCUGCAGGCCCCAAUCAUGUGUCAUUAUUCAAAGCGGAUGGUGAGUUGUCUGAACUCAACACCAAGCUGCUGCUCUACUACACUCCACAGGCCUUCAAGAACCAGAUAUGCCUGGAUCUGGCUGCCAAUCACCAAUAUGAUGGCAGGCUGACGGGACACCGGGUAGUGAACUGGGACAUCAAGGAUGUUGUAAAUGUGGUGGGGGGUAUAGGUGUUAUGCUACCCCUGCUGGAGCAGGUAUGUGAUGCAGAACAGAUUGACAGUGGUAGUGAGGAGACUUCAGACUUGCUGGGACCAGAACUCACCUCCUCCCGAGGUUCUGCUGCCAUGUUGCUGCCACUGAACAAGUCUGCUGAAGGCCGGCUUGAGAGAAACAGCAUUGCUGCCUUCUUGCUGCUGAUUAAAAACCUCAUUCGUCAUCAUCCAGUAAAUCAGGAGAGUCUGCUGCAGUGUCAUGGGCCGAGCAUCAUAGGAGCCAUGCUGAGCAAAGUUCCAGGCAGUAUGAUGGACUUGAACGUUUUGAUGGCAUGCCAGCACCUGCUUGAGCAGGUUUUCAAUGAGGGCAACAGUUUAUUGCUGCAGCAACUCUACCAGCACCUGCUCUUUGACUUUCGCAUUUGGACUAAAAGCCAUUUCGCUGUUUCUCUGGCUCAUGUCCAGUACCUGUCAUCUGUGAUAAAUAAAGGCAAGCAGCGCAUGAGGAGGAAGUACGGGGUUCAGUACAUAUUGGAUACCAUUCGGACGUUCUACAGAGUGGAGAAAGAUGGCAGCACUCUGUCCGACGGGAAGCAGACGAUUCAGACCGCUCUGUUUUCCACGCUGAAAGACUUUCUCAAGUCUCCUACUACUGAGGAUCUUCACAGCAUCCUCGCCUACAUUGUGACCGUAGGAGACGAGCAGCAGGUGGUGAGUGCGUUGGAUGUGCUCUACGACCUCUUGCGGACCAGCCCUCCUCGGGAACAGGUGCAGGCCGUGCUGCUGGAGUGGGGAGUAGAGCAGCUUUACUGCUUGUUGCGAACACCCAGUUUUGGAGAUGAAGUCAGAGAGAGGGUCUUCAGGGUUUUAUACAAAAUACUCAAGAGUGAGCGUGUGUCCGAGCGGGCCAAGCAGCGUAUUAAGUUGAAGGACUUCGGUUAUCUUGGCCUGGUGUGCUUCCUUGAAGACAUUCCCGCAACCAUGACCACUGUGCGAUGUCUGUACGAACAAGUUCUUGCUACAGAUAGCAGCCCAAACUUCAGAGACCUCCUCGCAGUCGUCUGUCUGUCCCAUCGAGCGGAGCUCACUGUCCGUCUGGAUGUCUGUCGCAAGCUUUUUCACCUGAUAUAUUCCAACGAGGACUUUGUGAAGCAGCUCGCUAAACAACCUGGCUGGCAGGAUGUUUUGACAAAACUCUAUGUGAAAGAGUCCUAUGAGUCCCGUGUGUUCAGCCUUGAAAACUCCACCGCGUACAGCCCUUUGGAAUCCAGUGACCGGCCGCCACUGUGCCGGGGGAAGGCUGUGGUUUUAGAGGACGCAGGCACUAACAUCUUCCUGAGUUACCCCUCUUCACAAGACAUGGAGGAUGAUGAGGAGGAGGAUGAAGGUGGCCAGCAUGAUAUUUCUGAAGGAUUCUGUGAUUUAUCUCAGUCCCCUCCAAGUGGAGGAGAAGACACACUAAAAGACUACACAGGCUCUAUCCAUUUUAAGUCAUUUGAUUCAGUGGACCAGGAGAGUCACUCAUCUUCCCAGUCCAAUAUUGUUGAUGCUCUCUUAUCUCGUCCAGAUGAAGACUACACACCCCUGUCCCCCUUUGGUACAUUGCCCUUUGAUUUGGAGUUGAGUGGCAUGUCAGAGCUUAAUUCUGGGACAAGUGCACCUGCAUCGGCAAGUAGCCAAGCAAACACACCAUCUCCUCUAGAUCUCUGUAAACCGUUCCCUCCACUCAGACCAAGGAAGAGCUCCAGUCUGUCCAACGUGCUUGAUGAUACCAGCUAUGGCACAGACCCUCCUACUGGAGACACAAUCUCCAAUACGUCCAACCCACAGCAGACGCCUGAGGAAGAACUCUGCAACCUUCUAACUAACAUCGUGUUCUCGGUGCUGUGGAGCGGCAGCGGGGCAGAGGGGGCGGAUGAUGUGGUGUGGAGACAAAGGGGACAGGUGUUUUCUGUUCUUACCAAGCUGGGGUCCUCCUGCCAGCUGGUCCGUCCGCCAGAUGACAUCAAACGCAGUCUGCUAGAGAUGAUGUUGGAAUCAUCUCUGUCGGACUUGAGGGAUGCCCAGGGAGUGUCUCUGCCUUUCUGUCCCAGCCUGGUGCGCCUCCUAAGGCUGCUGCAAGACUUCCUGUUUGCUGAGGGCACAGACAACUACACACUGUGGAGUGAGAAGAUCUUUGAAGGGGUGGUGAACUUGCUGGACAAGUUGAAGGCCUGGCAUAGCACCCCAGGCAGUCCCGGGAACACUGAGCUGAAGGAAAUGGCUCAGAUCGGUCUGCGUAUCAUCACUGGCUACAUCCAGCAACAGCACUCACAGGUAUGUGUGAUGGCCUGUGUGAAGCUGCACAGCCUACUCCAGACAGUGUUAUGUCUCAGCUGGGAUGAGGUGUGCUUUUUGCUGGGGCAGCUGGGCGCCCCCCUGUGGCCAGGAGGUGUAAUGGAUGGUACCAGCUGCGGACAUUUGGAGACCUUCUCUCACCUGGUGCCCAUUGUGCGCACGCUCCUCGACCAGCACGCUGACCCCGUCACCCUCCAGAACCUGCUGCCCAACCUCCCCAUCACCAACGGCAGCACUACCUUCGCUCAGGAUUUGAAAGCGUACUGUCACACGCUGGAGUGGCAAGAGUUCUACCAACAGGAGGUUCAGCCGACCAUGGAGCAGUAUGAGCUGGACACGUUCGGGAGGAGCCAUGAUAUCAUGUCUAACUUCUGGAAUUCUUGCUUUGAUGACGUGAUGAGUACGGCUUACAAACGGGACAAAGACAGAUCUGACAGCAAGGCAAAGUUUCAGGAAGUGAUAGUGGACCCAUUCCUGAAGAGAACUAGAAGUGAGAACAAUAGGUACCACAGUGGACAGAAGCAGAGCUCCGGCCAGCAGGUGGUGGUGUGGCAGCACUGGAAAGCUCUGCGCCGGCUUUUGGCCAGUGAAAGGGGAGCAUGGGCUGGAAGGGCUCAGCCAGAGGUGAAAUGGAAACUUUCCAAUGCUGAGACAUAUUCAAAGAUGCGUCUCAAACUUGUGCCGAAUUUCAACUACGACCCUCAUACUGAGGCCAGCGCCCUGAGGGACAACAUGGGAGCUGAUAGUCCUCGUAGCUCUGAAACUCUCCCAUUGGCUGUUGCCAAGGAAGCGAAAGUAAGUGACAUGAAGGACGACCAGUUAGGAGAGGAGGAUCUCGUCUUUUUGGACAACAAGGCAGAGGGAGAAGAUGAAAGCCAGAAAGAAAAACUGGUUCUGUCUGAAGACUGUGAACUCAUCACCAUCGUGGCAGUCGUUCCAGGUCGCUUAGAGGUUACCACACAUCACCUUUACUUCUUUGACGGCAGCAGUGAGAAGGAAGAGACAGAGGAAGGUAUUGGCUUUGAUUUCAAGAGACCUCUGUCUCAGCUCCGUGAAGUUCAUCUGAGGCGUUACAACCUGCGGCGCUCUGCACUGGAGCUCUUCUUCAUAGACCAGGCUCACUACUUCAUCAACUUCAAGAAGAAGGUACGAAACAAAGUAUAUUCUAGGAUCCUGGGUCUGAGACCUCCGAACCUGUUUUACUUUGGUUCUCGCUCCCCCCAAGAGCUGCUGAAGGCUUCUGGGCUGACACAGAAAUGGGUGUACAGAGAGAUCUCCAAUUUUGAGUAUUUGAUGCAGUUGAACACCAUUGCUGGGCGUACUUACAAUGAUCUGUCCCAGUAUCCUGUGUUCCCUUGGAUCCUGUGUGACUACACCUCUCCUAUCCUGGAUCUGGAGGACCCAACAGUUUUCAGAGACUUGUCCAAACCCAUCGGUGUGGUCAACCCCCGCCAUGCACAGAAUGUCCGAGAAAAGUAUGAGAGCUUUGAGGACCCAACGGGCACCGUUGACAAAUUCCACUAUGGCACACACUACUCUAAUGCAGCAGGAGUCAUGCACUACAUGAUCCGAAUGGAGCCGUUCACCACCCUGCACAUCCAGCUGCAGAGUGGCAGGUUUGACUGUGCAGACAGACAGUUUCACUCGGUGGCUGCAGCCUGGCAGGCUCGCAUGGAGAGUCCCGCAGACGUCAAAGAACUCAUCCCAGAGUUCUUCUACUUCCCAGAAUUCCUGGAGAACAUGAAUGGCUUUGACCUGGGCCAUUUGCAGAUAUCACAGGAUGAAGUGACAGAUGUUUUGCUGCCUCGCUGGGCCUCAUCAAGAGAAGAUUUCAUCAGGCAACACCGGAAAGCCCUGGAAUGUGAGCAUGUGUCCAGUCACCUACAUGAGUGGAUUGACCUCAUCUUUGGCUACAAGCAAAGAGGCCAAGAGGCAGUGAACGCCCUCAAUGUUUUCUACUACUGUACUUAUGAGGGUGCUGUAGAUUUGGAUGCCAUUGCCAAUGAGACGGAGCGCAAGGCACUAGAGGGCAUCAUCAGUAACUUUGGACAAACCCCCUGUCAGCUGCUUAAGGAGCCUCACCCUCCACGUAUGUCAGCUGAGAACACGUCUCGGCGGCAGGCCCGCUUGGACACUUUGCCCCCAAAUAUCUUUGAACAGCUUGAUAAACUACGCUUGUUUGUUGAGGUGAUUUGUGACGGCCUUCCUCUGGUCGAGGCAGUCGUACCAAAGAACCAGAAUCGCUCCAUCAUCCAGGGCUCAGACAUGCUUGUGACUGUCAGUUCGAAUGGUUUGUUAGGGACACACAGCUGGCUCCCAUAUGAUAAAAACAUAGCCAACUACUUCACCUUCACAAAGGACCCCACCAUGACCAAUCCAAAAACUCAGCGUGUCUUGAGUGGGCCUUUUUCUCCGGGAAUAGAGGUCAGUACUCAGGUGCUGGUCGUGUCCAACGAUGGUCGCCUGCUGUUCAGCGGAGGCCACUGGGACUGCAGCCUCCGUGUCACACAGCUGGCCAAGGGCAAGCUGGUGGGCAGGAUCUGCCGGCACAUUGAUGUUGUAACUUGCUUGGCUCUGGAUCUUUGCGGCAUCUACCUCAUCUCUGGUUCAAGGGACACUUCCUGCAUAGUGUGGCAGGUUCUACAGCAGGGUGGCUUUUCCAGCGGUCUGUCUCCACGACCAGUGCAAGUUCUCUAUGGACACGAUCAGGAGGUCACCUGUGUAGCCAUCAGCACUGAACUGGACAUGGCUGUCUCAGGGUCAAAGGACGGCACUGUAAUUGUGCACACCAUCCGCCGGGGACAGUUUCUCAGAUCGCUGCAUUCUCCUGAGGAUAGCUGCGUGCCAGCGCAAAUCUCUCGGCUCCAGGUGGGCUUGGAAGGCCACAUCGUGGUACAGACAUCUCUGGAGGAACGUUCUAUGCGAAAGGGCAAGUACUCCCUCCAUGUUUACUCUGUAAACGGCUGUCUGCUGUCCUCCGUCACCAUAGAUGAGCAGGUGACGGCGCUGCACCUGGUGUCUGAAUACGUCAUCGUGGGCACUUUACAAGGAAACCUUCACAUACGAGAUCUGUGCAGCCUGAACCUUGUGGUGGCGCCCCGGGCCUUAAAGGUUCCUGUGAUGUGUAUAUCUGUUACUAAAGAGGGCAGCCACAUCCUAGUGGGCCUCGAGGAUGGCAAGCUAAUAGUUGUGGGGGCAGGGAAGCCAGAGGAGGUUCGCACAGGACAAUUUGGCACGCGCCUGUGGGGCUCCACUCGCCGCAUCUCUCAGGUGUCCUCGGGUGAAACGGAGUACAAUCCCACUGACAACGAUGGGAAAUGAGACGGUCGGCUGUGGGAAAGAAUCUGUACGUUGCAGAUAAAAUGCCCCAUGAGGACUACUCGGAAACGCUGAUCAAUCUGGAAGACCAGCGAUACACAGAGCACUUUCUUCUCCUUUUAUAAAUCAGCAUCAUUCCAAAGAGUGGCCUUUUUCUCGAUGGACCAUGAGGUUAUGAACUGCUGUUGGACUGUAUAUAUUUGAUACUGAGUCAUACUUCAGGGACGUGACUCACUCUGACGCAUGUACAGCCUCAGAAACAGAGCGCAGCGCUGUGAACUCUCCGCGCUCCGUAUUCCGUAUGUGUCUGAGGAACAAUCUCUUCCCAAAGUCUUUGUUUGGGCACAUUUUAAAGUCCUGAAAACUUGAAAAGUGCAGCCAAUGUUGCUCGAGUUUUCUGUUUUGCAAUACUGGUGAGUACCACAAGAGGGCAGACUAUGUGCAUUAUGCGCGAUAAAGCUGCUGUGGCUGUUGCAUAGAGCACCAUAGAAGAAGAGCUUCUAUAGUGCUGUGUGAGCUGUUAUGAUCUCUGCUGGUAAACAACGGGAUUUACUGAUCCUAGAUUUCUUCUGCAUGCUGAUAGGCUGCAGGAAAUGUUACAAACAAAGUGACGGCUGCUGAAACGGUCAAGUAUGUGAAAUAUGAUCACUCUUUUAUGGUGUUUUUUUUCUGUGAGUUUGGAUGCAAUUAAACUCACAUGGAGAGCAUUACAUGGUGGACUAAAAGGCCUUUAACAAAUCCAGACUUCUUUCAUUCUUGUUCCCACGUUGCUAUCUUUGUUUAUUUGAUCUGAAAGUGCCUUUUUUGUGAUUUCCAUCUUGAACCGUGUGCAAACACUGAGUUACAAAUCUUCCAUUUCUUUCUGACGUGGUGAGUUUGAUGUUAUGUUUUAUUUAAGCACACCUCACUGUUUUACUCUGACUCAUAUUUAGAAGCUGUUACUGGACUCGAUCAGCUGUUGGCUGAGUGUGCCUGGUGUGUUUAUGAAGGACUAAAAAGAUCUGAAGGGGCGAUGGCGCUGAAACACAUGAGCAGUCUGAGCAAGCAACUGAGGAAUUCAUGUCUUUCCUGAGGGUUUGACCCAAAUGGUCGCUGUGCAGUGUCAUGUCAAGAGGGACGACAGAAUAAUUUGGGUAAAUAACAUUUUGAGUUGUUUGUGGUAUAUUCAGGCGGUCUACAUUCAGAUGUAAGAUGGCAUAGAGAAAUGUUUUGUGACUGUAUGAGUGUUUUCGUCCAUGAGCCCAAAGCCAAUUUUGAUUGGUACCAUUCAGCAUGUCCAAACAGCAUACAUAAUCAGCCUCAGUGUACCAUGGCCUACACAAAAAUGUAUGAUUGCUCUUCCAGGAUGGUAGCUACCACCGUGUACGAGUCAAUGAAGGAUUACACAGGGGUCAAAAUUUUAAAAAUGCUCCAAAGUAAACCACAUUAUUUGUCUGAUGGUAAAGAUUCCAAACAGGUAUAGUUUGGACUGUCUGUGACUGAAAGUUAUGAAGUUACUUAGGUAAAAAUAAAUUAUAUUAAUUCUAGUUUUUACAGGGAUCAAAAGUUAAAGUUGCUCCAAUUUGGGUAAAAAGUGAUUAUUGGUGGAGCCAGCAGAAUUAAUAAAUGAAAAAGUUCUGACUGUGUUGAAUGCUUGGUGUCAAAGUACUGGUCAAACAAGGACCAGUGGAUUCUGUGACAUAUAUUAUUACCCCGUAACGUGAUAACUAAGCAUAAGAAAUGGGGCAAACUAUUGCUUUCUAGAACUGUAUUAGCAAACCCAUUAAUUUGCAUCACUUUUUACCAAAAUUGGGACAAGUUCAGUUUUUGACUCAUGAACAAACUAAAACUGUUCUUUGUCACCAUUUUUACCCCAUGACAUUCAGUCAUUGAUAGUCCAAACUAUACCAUUUUGAAAUCCUUGUGAUCAGACAACAAUAACUAUUCUUUCAAUAUUAUUGAAGCAUUUUUGAAUUUUGGCUCCUGUGUAUUCUUUCACUGACCCCUCUCUGGUCUAUAGCUACCAGGCUGGGAUGGCUAGCAUACAUUAUGUAGAGACCAUGGUACACUGAGGCCGGACUGUAAGUGUUGUUUGAGCACUUUAAGUGGAACGACAACCUGCUUGGCUGAUGGACUGUUUGUGCAGACAGCUGGACAUGUUCAAGAACCCACUUGGUUACACACUGAUAUCCUUUUAUAUGACUUUACACUGUUCAGCUCAACGGAAUAUGAAUGUAAUUUAAUUACAGUUAUGCAGUCAUACUCAGAUUACAGUGAAAUCACUUCAGAGUUGGGUCUUUGCAUUCAUGUUCCUCUCACAACAUGUAAACUGCUGUUCACGCAUCUGCUGUUUGUGAUAUUUGCUGUUCUGUCCUGAAUUUAGCUCACAGUAAUCCAUCAAAAGCCUUAAGUUAAGGUCAACACUGCCUUGACUUUGGAUCUAAUGACUCUUUAUCCACUAUUGUCUUGCAUUUGUAUUGUUCUUCUGAAAAUAUACUUUUAAAACAAAUCA